GUUAACUUGCUUGACCCACUAUUUUACUCUCGGAGGUACACGCUAGCAGCCUUCACAAUGCCCCCUUCGCUAACCCCCAACGCAAGCAAGGUCUCGUGCGGUGCAGCUUUCAGCGGCCGUAUCAGCGUCCCUUUAAGCACCAAUCUAUGGUCAAGGAAGGCCAUCCCCACGCUCGUUUGCCGGUCAGCGCAGCCGUCGCUGCAGCCAUGCAACCACGCUUCCGCCCGCACAGCGUCGCGUCGCCUGGCGGUCCGUGUGCUUGCGGGAGCGGAGGGAGCUGCCAGUCGCCAGCCGGCGUCAGCUCCCAGCAGCACUCCGCAAAUCCAGGCGGCCCUCUUCACCGGCACCUACGCCGUGAUCUUCGGGCUGGCCCUGUGCCUGGUCCCGCAGCAAGUCUUUGGCCUGCUGUUCGCGGCUGAGACGGUGUCGUCUGGUUGGAUCCGGGUGGGCGGCAUCCUCUUCACGCUCAUUGGCUGGCAGUACCUGGGCACAGCCAGCGGCGACCGCGAGGGCCUGGGAGCGUUGGGCUUCUACCGGGCCACGGUCUGGUCGCGCCUGGCCCUGUCCGCGGCCUUUGGGCUGCUGGUGGCCGUUGGGGAGUCGCCCCUUGGGCUGCUGGUGCUGUCAGCCAUGAACCUGGUGGGCGCCGCCUCCAUGCACCUGGCGCUGAGGCGCAGCGGCGUCAGCAGCUGUGUGGGCGGGGCCGCGGGCGGCACCUGCUGAGUGCCGAGGAGGCACGGGGUGGGCGGAGCCGUGGGGAGCCGUGGACGUGCGUGGCUCUGCCGCAGAGUGAGGCUGCCGCCGAGAGGGGCUGCCAAGUGCAGCAGAUUAAGCUCGGCCCGGAAGUGUGGGCACUGUACAAUACGAGACAGGGGCGCUGCAGCCCUGAAGAGCGGAAGUGUGAACCAGAGAGGCAUCAGAUUGCGGCAUGUGUAAUCCGGGGUGUAUCCCUAUGUGUAUGUCUUUUUGGCAAGCGCGUGUGAUGUGGCGCAUUCCUACGCAUCCAGGCUGCAUGUGCCACGCACAUACUCCCGCGAUACAGUGAUUGUACACUACUUGUACUAGAGCAUCCGAUGUACCGUACCGUUCAUGUGCUUUGGCGACUUGUACCGCUUCAUGCAAGUGUGCUAUGCUAUGGCAUGUUAGUCGGCAGACCAGGUGUGUGGCUUCGAUGGUACAGUUCAGGAUGUGGGUUUUGCCGCCACGGCCUACGGCCAUGGCUUCUGGCUUGGAGUGUUGAACAAUAUUGCUGAGGGUGCGAUGGAACAAGGUUGGCGCGACCCCGUAGUGUGCAGCGCAUUCCCAGACACCCCAACAUGGGGCAGUAGAGGGUGUCAUAGUGGGCGCAACUGGCACGGUCUGUAGCAGCUGCCGAGCCACUUGGGUAGGCGCACGGCGUCGAGAGUCCGGGCUCACGAAGAGCUCCCCGGGGGCACAAUACUUUAGUGAUGCGGGUGUCACUCCUUGCUCGGUUGCACUGCGCCUACAAUCCACCCGGUGAAUUCACAGUCGAUCCCUUCCCUUGUCUUGGUUCCAACCAAUGGUUAAUUGGUUGGGCAAGCAGAUAGAUGCGCUCGAUUACAGUUGAAGGGACGCAUGUGAUUUUAUCUCGCCGCACGCACCCCUGGCACGCACACGCACCGGUCAAACGGGUGCGGUUAAUUAUCAUCGCGCUCUGUCGCUCUUACCUCGCUCAAUGCUGUAAAACGCCAUUGCA